AUGUACAGCGUGGAGGACCUGCUUAUCUCGCAUGGAUACAAAUUGCCCCAAAACACCGCUACCGCCCCCACUGCAGUCUCCCCCACACCCCCGUCCUCCUACGAUAACAAGCGUUACGGCGACCCUUCCUCCUGCCGCCAGGAGAUCUUAGAGAGCCGGUCCGGUGGUGGUCACGGAACGGUGAACGGGUAUGAGAUAGACUCUGCGCCGGGGGUGUAUGUGUACGGCAACAACAACAACAGGCAGCCCCAGCCACCAGCCCCAACCAAAGGCAACUCCUCCAGUCACACCGACAAUGCAUGGAGGGACAGGAACAGCCAACCACAGAGGAGGGAAGCCGACAGCGGUAACCAAGGUGACACCCACUCCUUGGGCGAUUCUCUCACGAAAGAUAGCGGGUGAGUCCGUGUGUGUGUGUGUGUGUGUGUCUGUUUAAUCUUUUGGAAUGCUAGUGUUGUUUUCCAUUGUUUUUAUCAUUGCAUGCAAUCUUGACAUCUCUUGCUUGCAUGUUGUUGUCCUAACUGUAAGUCGCUCUGGAUAAGAGCGUCUGCUAAAUGACUAAAAUGUAAAAUGUAAAAUGUUGUUGUUGUUGAUUUUAAUCAUACAGUUGGUCUGUUGCAGGGAGCUUGUUUAGCACAUAGAGUCAUGCAAAGGUGGAAUCAGUCAGUAUAGGAGUUCUGCAUUGGGAUGUUGCACCACAGAUUCUCUCCCUCUCUCUCUUACCUCCCUAGUUCUCCCAUUCCCACUCUCUUUUGAUCUUUCCCUCCCUCCCUCCCUCCCUUUCCGGUAAAGCCAGUAGACAGGGAGUCGGGGUAAUGUGUUCUGGAGUCUUAAUCUGCCACAUGGGAGAGUUGUGUUGUAAACAGACUAGAACUGCUGCUACUACUGCUGAUAGACUCCAGCGCCACCAUCCGUCUGAGCAUGCCCAGUUCUGCAGACAGAUGUCCCAAAUGGCAGUCUAUUCCUUUAUAGUGCACGAAGGAAGUGCACUAUACGGGUGAUUCUACAGAAGUGGAACAAAUUGCAGUCCCAUGAUGUGUUCUAAUUCAAUCGAAUGCCAUAACAAGCAUAUUGUUCAAUUAAUAUAGUACAAAGUCAUUGUUUACACACCUAUAUCUAUUGAGAGGUGGCUGUCCCAAACCUUGACUCCUAAACAUCAUGUUUGAAAAUAAAGCAAUUAAUGAUUAGAGAUUUUUUUUACGCUAUUAUUUCAAUAAAACAUCUUCAGUUCUUCUAUUAUUACAUUUAAAGAUACUGAUCUAAUUAGUCGUUUUAUUUAUUUGUAAACAUCUUUCUCUAAAAAAUGCUGUCCCACCUUUUGAUGUCACUACCGAAACACACACAUUAAAAGACUAGCAUUAAUGUGUCUUAAGCCACACCCCUACAAAUAUCACCAGGUGAUGGGAUUGCACCCCUCUCCAGCAUGGCCACAUUGUGAGUAGUUUGUCUGCAAACAUUUAGGAAAAAAUGAGUAAGCAAGUUGGUAAAUCUUCAUGUAUUUUUAAGAAGUGUCACUACCGAACAUCUAAUAUAUCAAGAAAUACAGUACCAGUCAAAUGUUUGGACACACCUACUCAUUCAAGGGUUUUUCUUUAUUUUUUACUAUUUUCUACAUUGUAGAAUAAUAGUGAAGACAUCAGAACUAUGAAAUAACACAUAUGGAAUCAUGUAGUAACCAAAAAGGUGUUCAAAAUAGCCACCCUUUGCCUUGAUGACAGCUUUGCACACUCUUGGCAUUCUCUCAACCAGCUUCACCUGGAAUGCUUUUCCAACGGUCUUGAAGGAGUUCCUACAUAUGCUGAGCACUUGUUGGCUGCUUUUCCUUCACUCUGCGGUCCAACUCAUCCAAAACCAUCUCAAUUGGGUUGAGGUCAGGUGAUUGUGGAGGCCAGGUCAUCUGAUGCAGCACUCCAUCACUCUCCUUCUUGGUGAAAUAGCCCUUACACAGCCUGGAGGUGUGUUCGGUCAUUGUCCUGUUGAAAAACAAAUGAUAGUCCCACUAAGCGCAAACCAGAUGGGAUGGCAUAUCGCUGCAGAAUGCUGUGGUAGUCAUGCUGGUUAAGUGUGCCUUGAAUUCUAAAUAAAUCACAGACAAUGUCACCAGCAAAGCACUCCCACACCAUCACACCUCCUCCUCCAUGCUUCACGGUGGGAACCACACAUGCGGAGAUCAUCCGUUCACCUACUCUGCGUCUCACAAAGACACGGCGGUUGGAACCAAAAAUCUCAAAUUUGGACUCAUUAGACCAAAGGACUAAUGUCCAUUUCUCGUGUUUCUUGGCCCAAGCAAGUCUCUUCUUAUUAUUGGUGUCCUUUAGUAGUGGUUUCUUUGCAGCAAUUUGACCAUGAAGGCCUGAUUCACGCAGUCUCCUCUGAACAGUUGAUGUUGAGAUGUGUCUGUUACUUUAACUCUGUGAAGCACUUAUUUGGGCUGCAAUCUGAGGUGCAGUUAACUCUAAUGAACAUUUCCUCUGCAGCAGAGGUAACUCUGGGUCUUCCUUUCCUGUGGCAGUCCUCAUGAGAGCCAGUUUCAUCAUAGCGCUUGAUGUUUUUUGCGACUGCACUUGAAGAAACUUUCAAAGUUCUUGAAAUGUUCCGUAUUGACUGACCUUCAUGUAUUAAAGUAAUGAUGGACUGUCGUUUCUCUUUGCUUAUUUGAGCUGUUCUUGCCAUAAUAUGGACUUGGUCUUUUACCAAAUAGGGCUAUCUUCUGAAUACUCCCCUACCUUGUCACAACGCAACUGAUUGGCUCAAAUGCAUUAAGAAGGAAAGAAAUUCCACAAAUUAACUUUUAAGAAGGCACACCUGUUAAUAGAAAUGCAUUCCAGGUGACUACCUCAUGAAGCUGGUUGAGAGAAUGCCAAGAGUUUGCAAAGCUGUCAUCAAGGCAAAGAGUGGCUACUUUGAAGAAUCUAAAAUCUAAAAUAUAUUUUUGAUUUGUUUAACACUUUUUUGGUUACUACAUGAUUCCAUAUGUGUUAUUUCAUAGUUUUGAUGUCUUCACUUUUAUUCUACAAUGUAGAAAAUAGUAAAAAUAAAGAAAAACCCUUGAAUGAGUAGGUGUGUCCAAACUUUUGACUGGUACUGUAAGUAAAGUAGGUUUUGGGACUAAAAUAUUUGCUGGGAUGUACAUCUGUCCAAAUGAAAGAUAGCCAGCCAUAUGUUACUUAUGUCCAGACCGAAAUGGUCCCAACCGAAACAAUUGACACCAUAGAGAUAUAUAGAGGUCUCAUCUUUGUCUCUGUGCCAUUAUGGCGUCUGUGAAAGCACAGGCAGCACCAUUGAGGCUAUCUCCAUUAUAAACUUGCAUGCACCAUGCUCUACCAACUGAGCUACAGAGGACCACCAUGUGGGUAGUGAACAAGUGCACACUUCAUGAAAAAGUGCACUGUAUUAAGAUGCAUAGCCAGCAGGGGGGCUCCAACCCUCCAAGAGCCCAAACAUUUACAUCUAUUUGGUCAAAACAUAGACGUCUAUAAUGUACUGUACUGUCAUGUACUGUACUAUACUGUAAUCUACUGUACUGCAAUCUACUGUACUGCAAUCUACUGUACUGUAAUCUACUGUACUGCAAUCUACUGUACUGUAAUCUACUGUACUGUACUUUACUCAAGUUUACUUGAGGUUCUUCAAUUGAAGAAAGGGCCCAAGGGCCCACCCUCUUGGUCUUGGCUCCUGGAUAUUACAUUAGUCUUUGGUUUACAAACCAUAGGCAACCCAAUUUGAAGAAGACAAUGCUCUCUGAUCAUUGGUUGAUCUGAUCACUCCCAACCCAUAGGAAUCCCCACCCAGCUUACUUUUAAAUGGUGGAAGCCUGAAUGGCAAUGUCAAUGUUUUUCCAACCCCCAAUUUGCACCACUUCUGUAGAAUGACCGAUAUAGGGAAUUUCACAUUUUAGUCAUUUAGCAGACGCUCUUAUCCGGAGCGACUUACAGUUAGUGAGUGCAUACAUUUUCAUAUUGCCAUUUGGGAUGCAUGCAGACAGACGUCUGCCUGUUUAAAACCCAGUAGUAGACUAUCGAUAGCCCCUCCGUCACUACACAACCUUCUUUAUAUAACGCAUUUAACAUUAAUAAUGCACGCAGCAUUUAAAUAUGGAGAAGAGAUGCUGCCUGCUAUUCUUAGUUCAGUUGAGGAGUUAUGCAAUGGCAAGCUUUCCGGGGGAAUGUCCCUUGGUGUUAAAAUGUAGGAUUUGUACAGAGACACUCUUUCGUCUGUCCUUACGUCUUGUCAGCUUAAGUAGCCUAGUUGCAGUACCAGUGCUGGAGGUUUGUGUAUUGUAUAGCUCAGUAAUACAGGACGUUCAAUAUCCUACAGUACAUCAGUCAUAGAGAUCCUAUAGCUUCAUUCAUUCUAUAUGGAAUUCUAUGAUAUCAGUGCCCAAUGCCACUCAAUUAUAUACUAUUUCAGUAAAUGUAGAAUUCUUGUUAAUUUGCUUUGUUUUUGAUGUUUGUUGUUUUUGAUAUUUGCUUGUAGAACAGUGAUUUGACCUUGAAUAUUACACAAUGGUAACAUUGAUUAUAUUAGGCAAUAUAAUUCAACCUGCAUAACUUACCCUUGCCUCAAGUGCAAACAGUGCAUUUGAUUAGAAAAUGUAAGCAUUAAAAUCAUAUGCGUGACACUUUUUACAAUGAUUGUUGCUGGGGUGUUUUUAGCUUAGUUUUAGAAGGUAAAUAUGGAAUAUACCUAAUAUUUCCACUAGGAGGUGCAGAUGCUAUCCACUUACGAUUGGCUAACUAGGCUAUAAUAUAAGAUAUAGGAUUCAGUGGAACCUACCUAAUUCUCACGGCUGACUGCACUGACAGAACAUGAAAAAAGCAGAUCAGAUCAUGCAUGGAGAAUCAGCUUCUCUCAGACUGUAGGGUGCACACAUGUCAUGUUUGUUAACAUGUUCAGUAGGAAUAUCCAGAAAUAGCUGUAGCUAGACCUAUAUCCUAUCCAGGGACUGGGAGUUUGCUUGUAGUAUGCUUGUGUAUCUCUAUUACUGGGCACUCAGCAGCAACCCUUCCAUUCUACAUUAGCCUUUAGAGAUGGGGAGAGACAGACCACUGAUGCCUCUACUCCUCUACCAGUAGUGUUCUGACUCCCCCCAGUGGAAGAGGGCCUCAAUGACAUCUUGCCGUAGAAUUAUUCCUAAUGUGUCCUGUGUGUGUUCUAGGUUUCUAGGUUCUAUUACUGUGUGUGUGUUCUAGGUUCUAAUAGUGUGCAUUUUAGGUUCUAGGCUCUAAUACUGUAUUCUGUGUGUUCUAGGAUCAAAUACUAUGUGUUCUAGGUUCUAAUAGUGUGUUCUAUGUGUUCUGGGUUCUUAUACUGUGUGUUCUGUGUAUUGUAGGUUCUAAUACUGUGUUCUUUGUGUUCUACAUUCUAAUACUGGGUUAUGUGUGUUCUAGUUUCUAAUACUGUGGGUUCUAUGUGUUCUAGGUUCUAAUGCGGUGUUCUGUGUGUUCUAGGUUCUAAUACUGUGUUAUGUGUGUUCUAAGUUCUAAUACUGUGUGUUCUAGAUUCUAAUACUGUGUUGUCUUCUGUGUGUUCUAGGUUCUAUGAGGGGCCCAGAGGGGUGUAUUCACAGCCCAGGGGCCACAGAGACGUGUCCUAUUGGAGGAGGAGAGGCCAGGACUUCAGUGUUCUCCUGGAUUACGCUGACUUCAGAGAGCCUGGAGGAGGGGGAGGCUAUAGGAGGACAGAGGGGGUGCAGCAGCAGCAGCAGCCGCAGAGACAGGAGGUGAUUUCAUUCUGUGAUUUGUUUAUUUUACCUUUUAAAAGUAAUAGUGUAAUGAUAAAUAAAACCAUUGAGGAUGACAAAAAAAAUAUCAAAAAGCGUGUCCCAAAUGGCACCCUAUUCCCCAUAGGCCCUGGUCAAAAGUAGUGCACCAUAUAGGGAAUAUGUUGUCAUUUGAGACCUAUACAAAGACUGAUUUCCAUUGUGGUCCUCUGUCUGUCUAGGUGCCCCCAGAGGAUCAGCGCCAGCAGGGUGAGAGGCAGCGUUGGGCAGUCCAGUCCCAGGCCCAGUCCCGCUCCAAGCAGAGAGAGGCAGCGUUGCAGCAGUGGACGAUGGCUGCCGUGGAGAGGAAGUGUCAGAGCCUGGGCACGGACGAGUGGCGACCCGCCGUGGUCAGCUUCGCCCGCCAGCUAUCAGACAGUCAGGGCGCUAGAUGGGCUCAGGCUCAGGAGCAGCAGCAGCUGCAGCAGCGCCACCUCCGGACACCGGAUGGCGCUGUGGUUGUAAUGGGGCCCAGGAACAAAGGGAAGUCCCAGUCUCUGCCCCGAAUGCUGCCGCCGGACAGCCUGCCAUACGUGGCCAUGUCUGGGUCUGUUGGGUCUGGGCAGGACGUGUACAGGAAGGUCAACGGCCACCCAGGGUCCCAUCACGACCCUUACAGCAGAUAUAACCACAACCAGGCCGGGACAGGGGACAGGGACAGGUGGUCUGAGAACGACAACAGACCCUCCAGUCAGGCUAGUAUGGCCAGCCAGCUAAGCCAGGUCAGUCAAGUUAGCCAGGCCUCUCUGGUACCAAAGGCCCGGUUCAGCCGUCCCCUACGGCCUCCGUCCUACGAGGUGCACCAGCAGACCCGGGGGAGUUCUGAGACGCUGUCAGGAGACCCAGCAGCAGCAUCAACCCCACAGCCCCAGGCCAGGGACAGAACCCCCCUCCCCCACCCCAGGAUGGGUGACCCCAGGCUGGACUAUUAUACACAGGAUGGAGGGUCUGGCACGGAUCCUCCGGGUUAUAUCCCUCCCCCAUCAUAUCCCCCCAAAAGAGCUCCGCUUAUGAGAGGGGGCCAUGGAGGUCACAGGGGCUAUGGAGAGGUACCCAGGGAACUACAGGUAACAAUUGUUGUAACUAGCCUACUCAUGAUUUUAUAUUGCUUGUUUACUUUGCUUUUGAAGCGCUUUGAGAUUAUUUUCUGUUGUAGAGAAGCAUCUGCUAAAUGACCAAAUUAAUGUUAAUGUAAUAUACAAUGUAGAAGAUAAAUACAUUAUCAUUUGUUAUUAUCAGGUACCACCAGGUGUACCAGCAGCAACAGAUGCGUGGGACCCCGGACCCCUGGUUCGGUAGCAGACACACCGGUGGAGGAGGGUCCUGGCCGGAGCCUCAGAGAGAGCCCCUCAGAGAGAGGAGCGUGCCCCACCGGAAGCAGCUCUACCCUGGCUACAGCGAGCAGCAGCACCAGCCGGGCUUGGGUCCUGGCAUCCAGUAUAUCCCCUUCAACGACCCACGUGUCCGACAAAUUUCUGGGGGAGGAAGCUCGUCUCUAGGCGGCGGAGGUAACUCCAUGACGGACACCGACAAGAUCCGCCACAUCCGUAACUCCACAUCCUCCGAGCUUCCCAGUGUCACCGUGUCAGACCACUCGUCUGAUGACACUGCCUUACUGUCCCCCGCCUCCACGGGGGCCCUGCCGCCACUCGCCAGCAUGUCAGAUCCAGCCAGUCCGACAAAGCCGAGGUCUUCUAGCGACUAUGACAAUAAGAAUAACCGGUGGAAGCAUCAGCACAGCGAUUUGCACAAAGAGACUGACUCACUAGAUAACCUCCCAGCAGCAACUGACCAAAACUGUAACAGGUAUAAUCCCAAAAACAACCCAGGUUGUUUCUCUGCCUUCCAGCCCCCAGCCCCGGCUCCGGCUCCGGCUCCGGCCUCGUCGGUGCGUCACAGCUCCAGCUCAGACCAGGGCUUCUCGGAAACAACCAUCACACAGGUGAAGAAGAUAGUUCCAGGAGACGCAGGGCUAGACAACAACAACAGAAACUCUAAGAGGAAGUCUCACAGUGAGACCAUCUUCUGCCUGGUGUCUGUCCCCAUCCACAUGCAGCAACAACAAACCAAUAAAGACUCAGUCUCCGCAGCAGACCAGAACAAUAACGAGAAGAUGCCUGCCAAUCUGCCAAGUAGUCUGCCAAUCGUCAGCGUCUUCGCCACAGAAGACAACCAAAACACUGUGGUCCAAUCAGACAACAGCCAAAGCCUCCGUAGCAAGUCGUUAUCAGACAUGGGUCUCAAACCCCCCUCCCACACCAGCAGCUUCAGCUCUAUGAGAAGCACCAGGAAGGGUCCUCUGAGGAAGGAAAUAGUAAACGCCUGGUCACUCCAGGCCAGUGCUGACAAGGAGCUGUGCUAUGCCGGAUCCUGGCCCGGGGACCAGUACAGGAACCAGGAAACCCAGACCAGCUCCCCCGUGGCGGUGAAGGGUCCUGAGGGUACGGGGGGGACAUGUCAGCCUCAGAUCUCCCCUGGAGGACAGGGGCGGCAGGGGGGGCAGGAGCCAGGCCACCUGGCCUCAGACACAACCACAGAGAGCGGCGUGAGUACCGACUGCAGCUCCGUGUCUGCCUCCUACGGCGUGGGCUACCCCAUGAAAGGCCAGAAGAACCUCCACCCCUCCAGCAACAGCGCCUUCUCCCGCCUCAGUAUCAGCCCAGCCCAGCCCCUGUCACUUCCAUCACUCCCACCCCAGCCUCCACCCUCUGGAUCUGUGGAGGAGAGAGACCAACAGACCUCCACAUCCAGGAAGACUGGUGCUACUAACACCACCUCCAACACCACUACCAAACCCCCAGAUGAUAUCAACGCUAACAGCCAGGGCCAGGUGGCGUUUGGUCAGUUCCUGCUGAAACCAGUGAGCCGGCGGCCGUGGGACGCCAUUGAGGAGCUGGAAUGUUUCAACAAGGCUGCAGGCGUAGAACUAGACCAGGUCCAGAAGAAACAGAAGGUUCAGCCCAGGAGACCCAGUGUGGACCAGUGUAUAGACGACCUGGACGAGGUGUACAGGAACAUCAUGGAGCUGAGCGGAGAAGACACACAACAUCAACAACAACAUCAGCACAUAGUCCCUCCCCCUCUUGACUCUGAGAGGGAGACAGUUAGCCUUCCAGACCAGCGCCUGAAUAACAAACCCAACAACAACAUCCAUAGCAUCAGGCCCAGACUAGACAGCUGGGGUCCUGGUUCCUCUAUAGACCCAGAAUAUAGGGAGGUGAGGAGUGCCUUCUCCAGGCCCCAGCCCCAGAACAGGACUAGCAUCCCCAGACCGCUGAGAGAGGACCUGGUGCCCACUGCCACCCUAGCAGAGCCCACUGGCUUCAGAGACUACAAAACCCACAAUGAACAAGGUGACCCCAGGGAAACCUAUGACCCCAGGCUGACCUACAGGCAGGAGCAGGAUGUCGCCAAGGACUCUCUACUGAGGGACGUGGGGCUCACCGUCUACACUGAGGCCCCUGGGGGCCCUGGAGUGCAGGACCAACACUGUGGCCCCCCAUUCACACCGCUCACAUCGUUAGACCACGAGGAACUAUGUCAGAACAUACAGCUAUCAUGGGAGAGCAGAGAGAAACCAUCUCUAGCCAAGAACAGCCAGGUUGAGGUUGCGCACAUCCGUGAGGGCAGUAAUAAGGACGAGCUGGGCCCCACUAAAGUAGUGGAGGAGGAGAGGAAGGUAAAGACGGAUAACGUGCCCGUCGUGCCACCCAGAUUUAGAGGCCAUGAGCCCAAUCUGAACAUCCGCAGGGCCCUGAGUGAGAAUAGCAGGUCGCCCAGAUGUGAAGGGUCACGGGGGUCGCCACGACCCGGCAGGCUGACCUGGGAGGCAGCGCUCGCCUUCAAGGAUGGCGACUACAGAUACAGCGUCAGCUCCGAUUAUCUGAGUUGGCGUAACGAGGCUACGUUGGCAGAUAGACACCUGGAGACCCUGCUGAUCAAGGAGAAGGCGAACACCAUGCCCACAGAGGACCUGAGUAAUCUAUAUGAGGUGAAGUGUGCCAAGGAGAUCCCUGAGAACGAGACGAUGGAGCAGAGAGCAGCCAGGAUACUGGGGAUAGACGUAGCCCCGGAUUCACUGCAGGGCCGGGGCCAGGAGAGAGAGGAGGAGGAGAGAGAGGAGGAGUCACUGCAGGGGGUGGUGGAGAAGAGAGAGGAGGAGGAGGACAGGCAGGAGCACAGAGAGGAGGAGGGAGAAGCUGGCAUAGGUGAAACACAGGAGCACAGGCCUUACAGAGAGCAACAGAACAAACACGACACAAAGACUGGGGGAGAGACCCCGGAACCCCGUCCAGAAGGAGCACAGGCUGUGGAAUCACUGGGCCUGGUCGAACACAAAGACAGAGACAGGGAGACACAGCAUGUGAGAAGACAGUACGAGCAAGUGAUGGAGGUAGAGGUAUCCAUUGUUACCUUGGGAGAGGAGACUGGAGGAGGACCCAGUAAGGAUGACAGCCUAUCAGUAUAUGAAGAAAGACAUGCUGGAGGAGGUGGAGAGAGCCAGAGCCACCCCUCCAUGGUGCUGGAGCUACCUGAGUUCCCUCCCAGUAGCCUGCCCCUGUCUCUGCCCAUGACCCGAGACAAGGAGCUGGCCCUUAGCGUGCUGAGUUUGGGAGGUGGUGGGGAGAGGAAGGGACACAGUAGUGAUGGUGCCUCCCCCAGGCUCUCCUCGUCCCCCUCCUCCAUAUCACCUGGUGCGCGAGUUCGCUCCAGUAGACCAUGCCCAUGGUCUUGCGCCAGACCCGAGACAAGGAGCGUGGCCCUUAGCAGACGAGUAUGGGAGGUGGUGGGGAGAGAACAAGGGACACAGUAG